CUAACUUCACCUCUCAGGAAACAGAGUCUGUGGCUUCAACCGGAGCAGCGUCAGUUCUGCUCCUCACAACAACAACAACAGACUCCUGCUGCUGCUCCUCCACCUCCUCCUGCUUUCUGAGGAGGUGAAGAUCUGCUCCCGUCUGAGGAGGUGAAGAUCUGAUCCCAUCUGAGGAGGUGAAGAUCUGAUCCCAUCUGAGGAGGUGAAGGUCUGAUCCCGUCUGAGGAGGUGAAGGUCUGAUCCCGUCUGAGGAGGUGAAGGUCUGAUCCCGUCUGAGGAGGUGAAGGUCUGAUCCCGUCUGAGGAGGUGAAGAUCUGCUCUCAUCUGAGGAGGUGAAGAUCUGGUCCCAUCUGAGGAGGCGAAGAUCUGGUCCCGUCUGAGGAGGUGAAGAUCUGAUCCCGUCUGAGGAGGUGAAGAUCUGCUCCCAUCUGAGGAGGUGAAGAUCUGAUCCCGUCUGAGGAGGUGAAGAUCUGGUCCCGUCUGAGGAGAUGAAGAUCUGAUCCCGUCUGAGGAGGUGAAGAUCUGCUCUCAUCUGAGGAGGUGAAGAUCUGGUCCCAUCUGAGGAGGCGAAGAUCUGGUCCCGUCUGAGGAGGUGAAGAUCUGAUCCCGUCUGAGGAGGUGAAGAUCUGAUCCCAUCUGAGGAGGUGAAGUUACGACUCUGUGGAUAAAACGAAUAAAAAGAAAAAACCUCCUCGGACUUUACGGAGCUGCGCGUCCACGUCUGGGAGAACACACACAGAGAGAGAGAGAGAGAGAGAGAGAGAGAGAGGGAGACGAGGAGGAAAGAAAGAAGAUCUGUUCCCCGGUCUGAGCUCCUGGGAUGCCCCAUGCUUGUCUAAGGCCUCCAGAAGUGAAACACAGGGAGUCAUUGACAGAGCAGGCGACCCCUCUGAGCUGCCGACAUGGCGCUGGUCCAGGCUCUGCCGCUCUCUGCUGAGCCCCACAGCUCCGGCCUGAGCGGAGGAGCCCGGAGACGACACCACUCCGGCCCCUCGUCCCCCAUCGACGCACCCCCACCCUCCACCCUGGAUCCUAUGGGCUCUGUCAGCAGCCUCAUAGCCGCACGCCCCGGCCCUUACCAGGACCACCGCUCCGGUGUCGAGCUGGGAGCCAGGGUCCGACGACCCACACAGGGGGCUUCCUGCCUGGGCAGCCAGUCCCCCCAGGACCCCUCAGUCCAGAACCUGCCGCUGCUGAAGAACCAGAGCUCCACGGCCUUCAGCAGCGCCAACGGGAACUUCACCUAUCUGAACCAGGACUAUUUAGGGGACUGGAACGAGAACCUUGUGUUACCGCUCAGUCCAGGAAGUGAUGCGGACGAGAUGAAGGAGGGAUCGGGGCUGAACGGGAAUAUGGGCGGACCUCCUCCGAAACUGAUCCCCAUAUCAGGAAAACUUGAGAAGAACAUGGAGAAAACGGUUCUGCGGCCCACUGCCUUCAAAGCCGUCAUUCCAAAGAGCCGCCACGCCAUGCAGUACCUCUCCCCUCGCCACUGUGCCAACGCGUCAGAGAGCCAAACCAACCUGAACAUGCUCAGCCCGGCGCACAGGGAGGCGUCGCCCUCCUGCUCGGAGAAGCGCAGCUCGUACAGCGGGGGGGCAGGAGGAGGAGGAGGAGGAGGAGGCAGCAGUCAGUCCUGCUCCCUCUCCGACUCCGGACGCAACUCCCUCUCCAGCCUGCCGCCCUACAGCAGCGCCGGCUACGGCCCGGCGUCCGGAGAGGCGUCCGGCGGCCAGCUGGAGCCCGUGAAGAGCGCCCCCCCGCCCGCCAGCGCACACGGACACUCCAACUCAGACAGCGGGCGCUCGUCCUCCAGUAAGAGCACGGGCUCCGGGUCGACGAGCGGCCGGGGGCAGCCUCUGUCCGACAGCGGGUCCAGCGGGCGCUCCCCCGGCCCGGCGGACUGCUACGACGGCGUGGUGAGAGACCUGGAGGACAAGCUGAGAGAGAGAGACCUGGAGCUGCUGCAGCUCCGAGACAACCUGGACGACAACGAAGCUGCAAUCUGUCAGGUUUACGAGGAGAAGCAGAAGCGAUUUGAGCUGGAGCUGGAGGAGCUGAGGCAGAGCUGUGCCACCAGGAUGCAGGUGCACUCGCAGAAGGCCCAGCGCGCCCAGCAGGUGCUGCAGCUGCAGGUUUAUCAGCUGCAGCAGGAGAAGAAGAAGCUGCAGGAGGACUUUGCACAGCUCCUGAAGGAGAGGGAGCAGCUGGAGGAGCGCUGCAGCUCCUACGAGCACGAGAAGAUCCAGCUCGGGCCUCGGCUGGAAGAGACCAAGUGGGAGGUCUGUCAGAAGUCGGGGGAGAUCUCGUUGCUGAAGCAGCAGCUGAAGGACGUGCAGGGGGAGUUGUCUCAGCGCGUCGGGGAGAUCGUUUCCCUCCGAGGUCAAACCCGAGAGGCCCGCGGUGAACUGACCAGUACCCAGGUGCUCCUGCAGGAGGCGCACGGCUCCACCCGCACACGCACCCUGGAGCUGGAGGUGUGCGAGAACGAGCUCCAGCGCCGCAAGAGCGAAGCCGAGCUGCUCCGGGAGAAGGUCGGUCGACUCGAGGGCGAGCUGGUUCAUCUCAGAGAUGCUCUGGCCAAUCAGGGCCCGGGAAACCGACAGUGCCAGGUGUUCCAGGAAGCAGGGGAGCACAUGUUGUCCUACGACAGCGACUCCGAGGCCCUGCAGCACAUGAAGGCCCAGAUGGACCGGAUGAGGGCGGAGCUGACCUUCGAGCUGCAGCGGGCCGAGCAGCAGGUGGGAGGCUUCGAGGAGGAGCGGCGGGUGUGGCAGGAGGAGAAGGACAAGGUGAUCCGCUACCAGAAGCAGCUGCAGCAGAACUAUGUGCAGAUGUAUCGCAGGAACCGAGAGCUGGAGCUGCUCCUGCAGGACCUGAGUCAGGAGCUGGAGAGCCGGGAGGAGGACGAGGGCAGCGGCAACGAGAUCAACUUCGAUGAGGUCGCCGCCACGGAGAUCUGACCCGCGUGUCUCCCCGGGUCGUUUUUUAUUUGCACUACUGUCCGCUGAAACCCUUUCACCUACAUGUCACAGAUGUGUUGUGUGUUUGUGCUGUUGUGACUCUGCAGAGACGACAACACACUCUGCCACUUUAGUUCUGCCCCCGGUUCCACUUUAAAAGCCAAUGACCCCAUUAGUCCAGGCAAAGUAGCGUUUUACGACCGACUAAUUGUAAAAGAAUUUUUUUCAGCAUAGAUUAUUUCUAUGAGGUGUC